CGCAUCUAUAUUAGUAAGAAAGCGCUGCAGAAAUUGAAGCUGGGACUUAAAGUCCAGAAACUAACAGACCCCAUAGUUAGUAUCCUCGCGGACAAUCGUACUAUGGUUGUAGAGGAUUACGUAGAGGGAGUCCAGGCGUAUUUCCGCCUAGAGAAAGAUGGGAAAGUGGAGAAGGUUCUCCACUCCCUGACUCUCCUCGUAGAAGACAGCCUCCCAUUUGAUAUCGUUCUCGGGAUGGAUUGGGGAGAGGCAGCCGGGGCCACGCUCCAUUUGAAGGAGCAUGAGUGUAGGCUCCCUAGUUCUUCAGGCGAGGCCAAGACUGCCCGCCUGUUCCAUGUGUCAGGAGUAGAGAAUCCCUUGGCACAUUGCUGCCUUAGUGCUCCUGUGUUCGCCAGAUUAGUGAAAAAGGAGAGAUUGGAGGAACAGGUUUUUGUUGCCUAUGUUAGGCCAGUGACUGAGCCUACGGAAGAAAAGCCGAUGGACCCUGCGAUUGCCAAGCUGUUGGAAGAGUUCAAGGACCUAACUGAGCCGCCGAUAGGAGUGGUACCGCGGCCCAUCCAGCACCGUAUUGAGAUAGAGCCUAGCAGUAGAACUCCUAAGGGCGCUGUGUAUAGGAUGUCCCCACGGGAGAUAGAGGAGCUUCGCAAGCAAUUAGACGAGCUCCUCGAGAAGGGUUGGAUUAGGCCCAGUUCGUCUCCUUUUGGAGCGCCUGUUCUCUUUGUUCCCAAGAAAGAGGGAGAGCUGAGGAUGUGCAUAGACUAUAGGGGUCUGAAUGCUAUUACAGUGAAGAAUGUUGAGCCACUGCCUAGGAUAGACGAUCUCUUAGAUCGAGUGCAGGGGGCGAAGUACUUCUCCAAGAUAGAUUUGAAGUCCGGAUAUCAUCAGAUAGAAGUGCAUCCUGAUGAUCAGUAUAAGACAGCCUUCCGGACUAGAUAUGGGCACUAUGAGUUCAUAGUGAUGCCCUUUGGACUAACCAAUGCACCAACAACGUUCCAGCGCUGUAUGAACGAUCUGUUUAGGCCAUGGUUAGACAGAUUUGUUGUUGUCUAUUUAGAUGAUAUCUUAGUGUUUAGUAAGACCCUCCAAGAACACCAGGGUCAUCUCAGGCAGGUCUUGGAGAAGUUGAGGGAAGCUAACUUCAAGAUCAAUGCAAAGAAGUGCGAUUGGGCGAAGACCCAAGUUUUAUACCUAGGCCACGUCUUAGACGAAGACGGCGUUAAACCCGAGGAUUGUAAGAUCGCAGCGAUUAGAGAUUGGCCCACCCCACGUACGCUGAUGGAAUUGCGCUCGUUCUUGGGCUUAGCUAACUACUACAGGAAGUUCGUGAGGAACUUCUCCACCAUCGCUGCACCCCUUCGCAGAUUGUUGAGGAAAGAAACCAUCUGGAAGUGGGACAAGGACUGCACGUCUGCCAUGAAGAAGUUAAAGCAGGCAUUGAUAGAGUACCCGGUCCUUAAGGUAGCCGAUCCGUCCUUGCCCUUUGUCGUCACUACGGACGCUAGUCAGUACGGCAUAGGUGUCGUGUUACAGCAAGACGAUGGCAAUGGUUAUAGACCCGUAGAGUUCAUGUCCGCCAGGAUGCCUUCAGAGAAGGUCGCGACAUCUACCUAUGAGAGGGAACUCUACGCUCUCAGGCAAGCCUUAGAACACGAGAAGCACUACUUGCUUGGGAGGCACUUCAAAGUCUAUUCCGAUCAUGAGACGUUAAGGUGGUUAAAGACGCAGGCCAAGAUGACACCUAAGCUUACUAGGUGGGCCGCAGAAAUAGAUCAGUACGACUUUGAGCUCAAGCCAGUCAAGGGGAAGUAUAACGUAGUUGCGGAUGCUCUUAGUAGGAGAGCUGAUUACUUUGGGGCAAUAGUGCAUUACUUAGACAUAGGGAAGGACCUGCAGCAAAAGAUUAGAGAAGCCUAUGCACAGGACCCUAUCUAUAGUGACCUCUCAAGAAGGUCAAGAUGGCCCCAAAGACUGAGCCAAACUACUGCACUACGGAAGGGUUGCUUUUUGAGAAGACUAAUGUAUUCGACCGCCUGUGCAUUCCCAGUAGUGAAGAGAUCCGUAGUCUGAUUUUAGGAGAAUGCCACGACACAGAGGGUCAUUUUGGUUGGCAAAAGACUUUAGCCAAUCUGAUGCGCGCAUAUACCUGGCCAGGAAUGAAGAAUGACUGCGUAGAGUACGUUUGCAGUUGUAAAGUUUGCCAGCGUAACAAAAUUUCUAUGCGUGC